AUGGGCCCAGUAUAUAUAUGUUUUAUAGACAAAGUAUCCAGUUUGUCCGGAAAUUAUUUUUUUUAAUUCAAUUUUUUAAAAAUGAUAUGCGUUCUUGUUUGAAUGUUUAAGUUACAGCGGCACUUGCCUCCUCGUUUGAAAAUGAAGCCUUUGGUGAAAAUAGCAACGAACUUUUUACACAUCCUGUACUUAAGCUUCAAAAGUCAUUGAUUUUGACUUACACUUUUUUGACAUGGCUGGUGAUAUAUUCGGGAUUACGCCACUUAUUGUUGACUAACGGUCAGAGAGAGCCUAAAGACGCACCACAAAAUAACUGUAUUCUUUUGGACUUCCAUUAUGGUAAUAAUACAUAAUUUGCAUGAAAAAUAUGAGAUAUAAAAGAAUUUAGUUUCAAAUUGACAGUGACAUAUAUAAUAGGCCAAGACAAUGUGUUUACAUUUUGUAGAAUUAAUGUAGCAAUAAGUACAUAAAUCAGUGUAUUUAAUUAAAUUUCAAUCACAUUUUGUUUUUACAGUGUAAGAUAGUUAUUCAUCUAUAUUCUUAACACUAUGCUGAAAAGAGAUUGACUGAAUAAGUUGGCAGAGAUAAAGUUGUGAAAACACAUUUAUUCAGGAAGAGCCUAAAUUGACCACCUGAAAAAUUGUAGUAUAGCUGUAUGUAAACUUUUAGUAUAAGAAUGAUUAUCAUGAAGAAUUUAUGGAUAGAAAAAGUAGAUCACUAGGACGUGGUGGGUCUUUAAAUAAACUGAACUAGACGAAAGGAAAUAAAUGUUCAGUAUAAAACUUACUCCUAGGGUUUUGAAUUUGCAUACUAUGUACCGAACUGAGCACAUAGCGAGUAUUUUUUCUUCCUUCUAUUAACAUAUUUUCAUUCAGCGUGACUGCGGAUAGAAAUUGUUUAAAUCACGUUGUUUAUUUCUUUUAUUUUUCAUUACAGAUAUGGAUUUAAUGAAGCGGAAACUAUUUCUUGCGCUGGUUGGAGCGUAUGGGGUUAUUUUCAUAUUGCUGCACAAUUUGGUAGAAUUCGGGUCGACACGUGAAGUCAUCGUAUUGGCGGCAAAUUUUCACAAUAGUUCCCUUUCAUUUUUAACAUCAUUAAAUUUAAACCUCAGCGUUCUUGCAAAGGAUAAUCAUGGACUCCAACAUGCAAUAACCGAAGACAAAUUUAAAGAUAGUUUAAAUAAAUUGUUGAGAAAUCUGCAUAUAAACGUAACAAACGAGGUUUUACGUUACAAAAAUAUGCAUAAUAAAAGUAACAUACAUAAAAAUUACCAACAGACACAGAAAACCUCCAAACCUGAAUCCUCUGAAAAACAAGCUGUUCGUGUUGAUACAGAUUACGGUAAAGAUUUAGUAAGAGAAGAAGGGUUUACUGUAGAUUCAAGCUGUAUAAGGCGUGUAACUGGAGUGGAAGAUAUUCUGUGCAUGAAUCGACCACAGUUUUUACCGGGUUUCCGGAAUCCUUGCUGGUACCAGCGAGGUUCUUUGAGAUGUCUACCAUAUUUCCAUAUCAUUGGCGUGUGUAAAACGGGAACCACUGAUUUAUUCGAACGGCUUUCUCAUCAUCCUCAGAUACUGAAAAACAAUGGCAUUUUUGGCAAAGAGACCCAGUACUGGACAUGGCGGCGGUACGGCCAUAGACACUUCUACAUGGAAAUUACUGACCGUAAGACACUUGACAACUUUAUAGACCAAUUUGACGCUGGUGCCAUUGAACGCUACACAAAGAGAAUGCCCAACGGAUCAUUGUACCACCCUGUUGUGACCGGACAUGGUGAUCCAAUGGAUUUCUGGGACCAGUCGUCAUGGAAACAGAUUCCACAGAAUGACCCUACCACUGGCACUCCGGAAGUAACCACACCAACUCUUAUUAAGCACGUCAACCCCAAUGCAAAACUGAUCUUGAUUUUUAGGGACCCAAUAGAGAGAUUAUUCAGCAGCUAUUUACACGGAGGUUUUGGAACGACAGCAGCAGAAUUCCAUAAAGAUGUACUGAUGUCACAAUCACUGCUGACGUCAUGCGCGAGAGACCGGAGCAUGAAAGCCUGUCUGUAAGAUGAGGGUAUAAUCAGAAAU